CCGAAAAUUAGCCUCUGUACUACGCCUCCAACGUUGCACUCACUGGCCGGCCGCUCCCAACUCCACCUCCUCCGAUCCCUACUAAGACCCUCUACUCCCCCCCUGUGCCUUGCCGCCUACUACUCGUAUCUUUGUUCUUGUCCUUUCUCCGGUGCGCCUUAUUCCUUUUCUCUCUCUUCUCUUUCAAUACCAACCUCGUCUUCGAGAACUCGACCUCGUUCUCGUCGAUAAACGACGACAAAAACCGACUUUCUCUCUUUUGAAACGCUUCGGAUCUACUCGAAUCUUCGGCGAAGACUCGACAAUUCCGCACUUCUUCGUUGAUUGAUUAUUCGCUCUUUCGAUCCAUUCGAGAUAUCUAUCCCAGGGGAUAACGACCUGAGACUCAUUCACUCGGCACUUGACUGUUAAGCUGGACUUCGCUCGCCUCAAUCAAAGAACAAAAGAACAACAAUCAUUACCCUUGACAUUCCUGCGUCUUCGACGACACUCAUUUGACUCGAACACUCGACCAUAUCGAACAUAAGAUUCGUUCAACAUCCCACGCAUCGAAGGGAAACCCUUCGACAACUGUACUAACUGCGAACCUGUCAGCUGCCGGCCAUCGACAGGUUCUUCCAGUUACUCGUCUUUAUCCCAGUUUUACCAUCCUUACCGGCGAGUCCGAGUCGACAGAAACUUUAAAACCACAACCAUGUUCUCCGCGGCAUGGACCAUGGGCGCUGCCCUAGGCCUGCUAUUCCUUACCCAAGGCGCUAAAGCCGACGCAGAAUCAGAGGCCAUCCUCAUAGAAGAGGCUGAUUCCGUGACCAAUCUCUUCCACAAGUUCCUUUUCAUAAUUUGCGGUGUUGUGGCGGUGAUAUUCAUAAUCUGGCGGGUCCUGAUCGUCUCCGUCAAGUACAUGCGUCAACUGGUGUGCCUCACAAAUGAGAAGCAGCGCUACUUCCAGAGGCCGUACAAGAAGUAUGCCAGUCUCAAGAAAUACCUCCUCUACGCCCCGAUAUUCCACAAGAGGCAUAACCGGGAGUUCCAGCUGUCGACGGCGAUGAAUAUGGGCGUGUUGCCAACGCGGUUCCAACUGCUCGCCUUGAUCGCAUAUGUUGGCACGAAUAUUGCAUUCUGCUUGUCCAGAAUCCACUGGGACCAGCCACUCUCCGUUGUCUCCGUUGAGAUAAGACAUCGAUCCGGCAUUCUUGCUGUUGUCAACAUGAUCCCGCUUUUCGUCAUGUCCACCAGGAAUAACCCGCUUAUUCACUGGCUCGAUAUCUCCUUCGACACGUUCAACCUACUGCACCGCUGGUUCGGUCGUAUCGUUGUUAUCGAAACACUGUUGCACACUUUCUCUUGGGUUGUCGCUACUGUUCACCGAAGCGACUGGGCCACUGUUGCGGCGGCAUUCCAAAAUAGCGAGAUGAUGGUGUUCGGUCUCAUUGGUGCUGCUGCGAUGGUUGCCAUUAUGAUCCAGUCCUUAUCGUUCGUCAGACACGCCUUUUACGAGACAUUCAAGUAUCUCCAUAUCAUGCUAGCAAUCACAGUACUAGUUGGUAUCUGGUACCAUCUUAAACUAGCCGGGUUGCACCAAACUAAAUACCUUAUCGUCGCCAUCGUCAUCUGGGCAUUGGAGCGUACCAUCAGGGUCCUUAUAGUAGUCUACCGCAAUAUGGGAAGGGGUGGAACCAAGGCCCUAUUGGAAGCCUUACCUGGAAACGCCGUUCGCGUCACUCUCAAUGUCGCCCGCCCCUGGACCUUCACGCCUGGACAGCACGCCUACCUCUACAUGCCCUCUAUCGGCGCAUUUACAUCCCACCCCUUCUCCGUGGCGUGGAGCCAAGAAGAGGAAGACCCGCUCGCAGGAGAUGGACUCGUCGGCAAAGACAGGCAAGACGUCCUCGCCAUCCGCAAGACAACGAUGUCCUUCGUCAUCCGUGCCCGUACCGGCUUCACCAACACGUUAUUACAAAAAGCCGAAGCAGCCCCUGAGGGCAAGAUGUUCACAAGGUGUUUCGUCGAAGGGCCCUACGGCGGCGCGCACCUAAUGCGCUCUUACGGCACGGUCGUCCUCUUCGCCGGAGGAAUCGGCAUCACGCACCAAGUUCCCCACGUGCGUGACCUGGUGACCGGAUACGCCAACGGCACCGUCGCCGCCCGCAGGGUCCUGCUGGUCUGGAUCAUCCAGAGCCCCGAGCAUUUGGAGUGGAUCAGGCCGUGGAUGACGGAGAUCCUGGCGAUGGACAAGCGUCGUGAUAUCCUACGCAUCAUGCUCUUCAUCAGCCGCCCGCGGUCGACGAAGGAGAUUCACAGCCCCUCGGCGACGGUGCAGAUGUUCCCCGGUAGGCCGAACAUCGAGACGCUGCUGGACAUGGAGGUGGAGAACCAGGUCGGCGCUAUGGGUGUCUCGGUGUGCGGUAGCGGUUCGCUGAGUGACGAUGUGAGGAGCGCUGCCAGGAGCCGCCAACAUAAGUCGAAUAUCGACUUUGUGGAGGAAGCAUUCACAUGGUAGUAUAUGACGGGGGUUGCCGAUAGAUCUUCUGUUGUAUAUAUGUUUUUGCUGGGCGGUCUGCUUGAAAGAUUUUUGCGAGGGGAGGAAAAAUCUACCAACGCUUUAGAGACAGCUCGAUGAUCUGAUUUAGCGUUUUUUGUGCGGUGGAAUACCCGCUGGGAUUAUAUGGGAUGGGAAGGUGUAUGGGGGUGCAUGCUUCACUGGACAAUAGUGUGGAUGAUGCUCUGGAGUUUAUUUGGGAUGGUUCCGUGUGUGGUUCCGCAUGGAUAUGGGUAUUUAGUGUGCUAGAUACUGGCUACAAUGCUAGAUUACAUUCAUUUGGAUUCAUUUGGAUUCAUUUACGUGUGCUCGUUCUGUUCAAGUGACUCAACAUGACCGUAUAAUGUCUGAUAUGUAGGAAACUAUGGCCAAGAUAAAGCCAUUCGGUGACUCAAGGCUGUAAUUGUCGUCAUGCCCUCUCAAUUAGUUAGAUACUUAGAAUAGAG